CCGCUGUUGAAGAUGGAGUCUAUCUAUAAUGUUUUCGCGGGGCUGAAUGUAUAUGUCCAGAUAUUAUUGUUCCUUAUAGGGUGUAUUAUGGUUAGCUCGGUUCUAAAGUACGCCCGUAGACCUGGAUUCGAUGUGGAUAAUAAACACGUGCUCAUAACCGGUGGCAGUGAGGGGCUAGGACUAGCCUUUGCGCGCGUCUGCUUAAAAUUAGGUGCCAAUGUUACGAUAGUUUCGCGAUCUAAGGACAAACUUGCGACUGCCGUGCAAGAGUUGUCGGCUGACAAGAAGGCUGAUCGUAAGCUGUUCUCAUAUUCGUGCGAUGUCACCAACUUCGAGGAUGUGCAGAAGAUGAUUGCCGCUUGCAAUGAAGAAAUGAACCGCACAACUGACGUGGUGGUGGUCUCCGCAGGCAUGGCCACGCCCGGUCUCUUCCUGGAACAAAACAUGAGUGUGUUCCACAAGCUAAUGGAUGUCAACUAUUUCGGCGCCGUUCAUGUUGCUAAGGCGUGCAUGCCACCCAUGAUUGCGAACGGUGUGAAGGGCAGGAUAUCCUUCGUUAGUAGCGCCGCUGCUCUAACACCUUUUGUCGGUUUCACACAGUACUGUGGAAGCAAAUCAGCGCUCAGGGGAUUUGCUGAUGCUUUGCGGUGUGAGGCGGGAAGCCAGGGUAUUGAUGUGAGUGUCAUGUUCCCGUCAAAUAUUGACACCCCCGGCUUCGUUGAGGAGCAGAAGACAAAGCCCGAACCAACAAAAACAAUCGAAGCCCUGGGCGGUUUAGUAUCACCGGAAGAGGUUGCAGAAUACUUACUAGAUGGACUGAAGAAUGGUCACUAUCAGAUCACCAAUGAGCUAUUCCUAGAGCUCUCCAGGAUACAGAGUAACGGUCUCAACCCACGCAACAGCCUCGUGACAGAGAUGCUGUGGUAUCCCAUUGUCUGUAAGUAA